AAGAAUAUGAAAAAUAUUUUGUUGAUGUGAUGAUUUGAAUGAUGUGCUACGUGUAUAAUCUGAAAAUGCAGAUGUCUAAAAAUGAAAACAGUAGUAAUUGAUGUAUUGAAUUAAUUAUUGGACGUUUUGUUUCAAUAAUACAUAAAUAUUAUAGUGUGGAAGUGUUGUUGAUAAGAACUAGAAAGAUAAACAAAUUUCGUUGCUUAUUCUUUUGACGUUUAAACUUGAAUUUUUGAAAGAAAAAUCCUGUGAAAAAUCUGUGAUAAUCUAUUGUAAAGUUUAAUUUGUAAUGUGUCGUAGAUAAUAAUAAUAAUUAUAGAAAAUGUUAUAUGGUAAAUUGAGAAUACACACCUGUAGAGUGAUACUCUUAACUUCCUUGGUUUGGUUCUUAGUUGAUGUGGUAGUUUUAUCAUUUUAUUCUGAAUGUCUUGCUGGCUCCUGCAAAAAAUUGGAAAAAACAGUAGCUGGAGCAGAAGCUCUAGUUGAUAAUGAGAGUGACUAUGAUCAAAGAAGCCAAGAAAAUGUGGGCAAGAGAAGUGUUGGCAUCAUUCCAGAGUCUGGUGUUCCUCACACAUACAAACCCAGCAUGUUGCGUAGAUGGAAACCUGCUCCCUCUGUGCUAUCAGUUUCAGGCAGGCCAGGUGAGCAAGGCAAAGCAGUUCACAUACCAUCUGAGAAAGAGGCCUUGAUGAAGGAGAAGUUCAAGCUCAACCAGUUCAACUUGUUAGCUAGUGACAUGAUAUCUCUGAAUAGGUCACUAGCUGAUGUAAGGCUAGAGGGUUGUAAAGAUAAGAGAUACCCCAAACUUCUGCCAACCACUAGCAUAGUGAUAGUAUUCCACAACGAAGCUUGGUCUACCCUUUUGAGAACUGUCUGGAGCGUGAUAAAUAGAUCACCUAGGCCACUCCUGAAGGAAAUUAUUCUAGUUGACGAUGCGAGUGAACGAGAUCAUCUUGGCAAAAAGUUGGAAGACUAUGUGAAAACACUGCCGGUGCCAGUCUAUGUCCUACGUACCGAAAAACGUUCCGGCUUGAUCAGAGCUCGCCUCUUAGGAGCCAAGCACGUCAAGGGCCAAGUGAUCACCUUCCUGGAUGCCCAUUGUGAGUGCACAGAAGGCUGGUUGGAGCCCCUGCUAGCCAGGAUCGUCGAGGACAGGAAGACUGUGGUGUGCCCCAUCAUAGAUGUGAUUUCAGACGAGACGUUCGAGUAUAUAACAGCAUCGGAUAUGACGUGGGGCGGUUUCAAUUGGAAAUUGAACUUCAGAUGGUAUCGUGUCCCGCAAAGAGAAAUGGACAGAAGGAACGGAGAUAGAACGGCUCCCCUAAGGACGCCAACAAUGGCUGGAGGACUAUUCUCAAUUGAUAAGGAUUAUUUCUAUGAACUGGGAUCAUAUGACGAGGGAAUGGACAUUUGGGGAGGAGAAAACUUGGAAAUGAGUUUUAGGAUAUGGAUGUGUGGUGGGCAGCUGGAGAUAGCGACUUGCUCUCACGUGGGACAUGUAUUUCGCAAGUCCACGCCGUACUCCUUUCCAGGUGGUACAAGUAGGAUCGUCAACCAUAAUAAUGCCCGGCUGGCCGAGGUCUGGUUGGACCAGUGGAAGGAAUUCUACUAUAACAUUAACCCAGGUGCACGAAAUGUCCCAGUAGGUGACAUUUCAUCUAGAACAGGGCUGAGAGAGAAAUUGAAAUGUAAGAGUUUCAGAUGGUACUUAGAACAUGUAUAUCCGGAAUCUCAAAUGCCUUUAGAAUACUAUUAUCUUGGAGAUGUUCGUAAUGUCGAGACAAGGAACUGCCUAGAUACAAUGGGUAGAAAAUCUGGGGAGAACCUCGGUAUGACUUAUUGCCAUAAUCUAGGUGGCAAUCAAGUAUUUGCCUACACGAAAAGAAAACAAAUAAUGUCCGACGAUAAUUGCCUUGAUGCAAGUAGUAGAACAGGUCCUGUCAAACUGGUAAGGUGCCACGGGAUGGGAGGUAACCAGGCUUGGUUAUACGACGAAGUGGAUAAAACUAUCAAGCAUGUCAACACCGGCAGCUGUCUGACGAAACCUGAAACUAGUGACAUUAAUUUACCUAUGCUGAAAACAUGCACCUACAGUGAAGGACAGCAAUGGAUAAUGGAAAGUGAUUUCAAGUGGCAAGCAAGGAAUCAUCAAGAACAAAAAUAGGCAUCUAAGAUGCAUACUGUGAGGUUAUGUGAUAUUUCGAUAAAUUAUGUUUAUGGUGUUGUCGUGCAGCAGAAUUUCUGCACUCGAAUUCGCAAUAAGGGACUGGAAGACCUGUUCUGAACUUUUAGUCAAAACAUCGAAGAUCAAAAUAUUUUUAUGCGGAGAAUUAUUUAUUGUUGAUAAUUUUUGCUUCUAUCGAGCUUGCUGUUUAAAUCAUCAUCAUCCUCGUGGAACAAUAUGUGUGAAUAUAGAAUAUCAUGUUUCAAAUCGGAAGAUGAUGGUUGAUAACUUUAUGUUUGGUUGUUAGAAUUAUUUUGAAGUCCAACAGAAUGAAUAUAAAACAUGUUUCUCUUCAUCAAAUGUUCACUUAACUGAUUCUUACCGAAUUUAUCUAUAUUAUAGACUAUUUAAUCUAUUUAUAUUAUUCUUAAUUAUUUUUAUUAAUUGUUUGCAUUUACUUAUAUACAUAUAUUCCUUCCUGCAUUCCGUAUGGUUGUUUCGUUAGCUAAUUAGAUUAGCAAAUACUUCCUGUUGAAACAAGACUUUGGAAAAUAUUUUCAAUUGACUGCCAUUUGUACAUAUAGAUUAAUUGGUGACCAACAACUGUUGAAAAUUACACAUUUUCAUAUACUUAGAUGCCUUAGUUGUUGUAUAUUGUAUGCGAAAAUUGUAUGAAUGAACGAUUUUUAGUGCUCCAUUCCAUCUAAACGUCACAGAUCCUGAAAAGAGAAUAAUCAUAUC